AUGGCUACGCGCGCACUUGUGCUGCUGCUCGUCGCAACCUGCGCGUACGCACGCGAAUGCAUCGAACUCACCCUCAACGACAAAACGUUGCUAACAGACAGUGUAUUAAAUGGAACAAUUUUAAAAGUCGUAUCUAAAAAUGAAACGAACGACGAUAGUGCAGUUGUUAAUAUUGUGGAGUUGUGGGACCGGUUUCCGAAGAUUGUGGUACCCAGCAAUGGGACCAGUGAGCAGUGCAGGAGAGAUGCCCAGCUGUAUUUGUACAGCUUAGAAAGAAUGGAAUUGUGGGCAUUAAAGAUGUUCGACGCGUCAGCAAAGCCUCCUUCCGGCAUCCUAAGCGGCAAUAGCAACCAAUACGGUGACUACGACGAAUGUCUGAGCAUCGAUGGGGCAGUCCGAGGCAAAUAUUGCCUCGCUUCGCUGCAAGUCAGUCUCUCUGGCGACAGGACUCUGGACCGCAUUGACAAUAUGAUUCACAGCGGACAUUAUAUUAGAAGCAACUUUACCGAUAUGGGUCACCGCGUUCCACGCUACUCCAGCAUCCUAUGGGGCAUUUGCAUACCAAGCUCCUGCAGCAGCUUUGACCUUGAAGAAGAGAUGUCCCAGCGUCUGUCCGGCUUGGGUAUCUCAGUUAAAGUCCACAAUACUAUGUGUUCCGUGAAGGAUUUAAAACGGCCUUAUUCUUUUGGGAAAACACUAUCUAUAACAUUUUUCCUGUCCAUAAUUCUCCUACUUAGCCUGGGCACAAUAAUGGAUGACGGGAAGGAAGGUGCUUCUAACUUCGAAAAGAUACUUAAUGCGUUUUCCCUCAAACGAAACUUUAGAAAGAUAUUGGACGUGUCGGACGAACCAAGCAGGGUGAAAGGAGUUGAUGCAUUUAGAGGAAUGAAUGCUUUCGCACUCUUGCUAGCACACAAGUCAAUGGCAAUGGCUCACAAUCCUUACGUAAAUAAAAUGACUUACUCUGCGACAUUCGGAAUGCCCUGGGCUGUGAUAGGACGUUCGGCUAUAUUGUACACGGACAGUUUCCUGUACCUCAGUGGAUUCCUCAACGCUUACAAUCUUCUCCAAGAGUUGGAGAGGAAAGGAACCAUUGAUAUUAAGAGCAGACUCAUUGCCAGAUGGUUUAGGUUAUUCCCCCUAUUCCUAAGCCUGAUGUUGUUUUGCACAUAUAUCCUACCCGAUAUCAACAAUGGACCCCAGUGGAAUCUAGUCGUCGAGGAGCACAGCAGAGUUUGCGAGAAGAAUAUGUGGAAGAGUUUCCUCUUCAUACAUAAUUACUUCGGAUUUGAAGAUAUGUGCCUGACUCACACGCAUCAGAUCGGCAUAGAUAUGCAGCUGUAUGUGGCGACGUUACCGUUGAUGCUGAUCUUUUGGAAGUCCAGGACCUUUGGCUGGGCGCUGGUGGCCACGCUGGCCGUGGCCUCCGCCGCUUUACGUUAUUUUGCUGUAUACUGGCACAACAUCAGUAUGUUCGUCUAUUUUGGAAUUUCAGUACAAAAACUGCUAGAUGCGGCACGAUAUUGCUACAUCCUACCAACGCACCGCGCUACUAUCUACCUGAUUGGCGUUGCAAUGGCAUACUUAAUUAGGAACAAGAAAUGUAAUUUCACGCUGUCGUUUGUUCAAACGCGACUUCUCUGGAUAUCCUGUUUCGUCUUGAUGAUGUUCACAAUCUGCUAUCCCUACCAGAUGGGUCUGGAAGGAUACAAAUUCGAGCCCGGCCCGGCGGCUGCCUUUGCCGCCUUCUCGCCUAUUAUGUGGGGUAUCCACAUGAGCGUCGCACAUUGGGCUAUUUGCAAUAGUUAUCUUGACAACAAAGGAACCUCAUUCGUGGAGUCUCGAGUGUUCAAGUUCUUCAAUAAAAUAGCAUACGGCGUCUAUCUCACGCAGUUCCCGAUAUUUUUCUACAACGUCGGCAUUCAAAGAACUGCGGAACACUACACGCCAUUAUUACUUUUCCAUGUACCUGAGAUAGUAGCGGUAAUAGCAAUAUCAGUGCUUACGACUGUAGCUAUUGAAAUGCCCUUCAAUCAGGUGUACAGGAUAUAUUUUGGAAAAUCACCAACGAAAUUAAAGGACAAAUAGACAAGACGACAUGAAAAAGACUAUGUAAUAUAAUUAAUAUAGCGUUAGCCAAACAUCACUUAGGGAUAUAUUUUUAAUUAUUAAUAAUGUUAUACUAAACCGACGAUUAAAUUAUAGGACAUAAAAUAACUCGACAAAGA